AUGUCACAGGGACUGACGGCUUACCGAAACGUUUUGCGAGCGGCCAACCUGGCGUUCAAGAAUGAUCACUUUGUGCUAGGACAGGCCAAGGCCAACAUUCGAAAGGGCUUUGAGGACGGCCGAAAGCUGGAUCCCAAGGACGAGGACGUCAAGGUGCGUCUGGAGCAUAUCAACGGCGUGGCCUACGUGCUGCGAACACAGGUGGUCCAGGGCCAGAAGCACAACCCUGAUGAGGAGAAGUACCAGCUCAAUCUGCACAAGGACUCCGAGAUGGGAGACAAUGAGUCCAUCAAGAGCCCUCCUCCCAUGCCCACCAAGGGCAAGAAGGGCAAGAAGGUCAAGUGCUGCUCCGAGUAG